AUAAGGCAUGCUUUCGUAGGUAGCCGUCAGUUUGAAAGUGCGAGCUGUCGCGCGUGGAACCGGUACAAAUCCGCGCACAAGAGAUCGACAUGCGGUCGAGACUUCAUUUUGUGCUGAUCACGUUGCUCGCCGUUUCCGCAAAUACCGCGGCGGAGAAAGGAAAAUCUGGAGAAGUUCCUUGUAUAGACGACAACAAGUUUUAUCGUAAUCCUAACGCACCAUCGCACAGCGUCUGGUCACCUACCGAAUGUGCUAAAUAUUUUCUCUGUUUAGAUAAUGAAGUGUUCGAAUUCAAGUGCUCGCAAGGACUUCUUUUCGAUGUCUCCAGGCAGAUCUGUGACUUUAAAACAAAUGUCGAUAAUUGCGACGUAACUUCAGAUGCACAACCGGCGAAGCCGCUGCUCAAGAACGGCGAGUGUGAUGAGGAAAGUUUGGCUUGCGGAGACGGCACGUGUCUUCCGGCUUUAUAUUUUUGCGACGGGAGUGUCGAUUGUCCCGAUGGCUCCGACGAAGGAUGGUGCGACAUGCGACACGAUAUAAAUGCCGCGCCGGUUUGCGAUACGCAGAAGUGCCAGUUACCAAAGUGUUGGUGUUCUAAAGACGGGACUCAAGUUCCAGGGAAUCUCACUGCACUCGCGAUUCCACAAAUGAUCACGAUCACUUUCGAUGACGCUGUAAAUGCUGAAAAUUUCGAACUCUUUUCAAAAAUUUUUACGGAUAACAGAAAAAAUCCUAAUGGCUGUCCUAUAAGAGGUACUUUCUAUAUUAGUCAUCAAUAUACGAAUUACAGGGAUGUGCAAUAUUUAUGGAACAUCGGUCACGAAAUAGCCGCACAUUCCGUCACACAUCGUGGGCCGGAAGAAUGGUGGUCGAAGAACGCGACGAUCGAGGACUGGUUCGACGAGAUGGUCGGAAUAGCGAACAUCAUCAAGAAAUAUGCAGCGGUUCGUAUCGGCGAGAUCAAAGGGGUAAGGGCGCCUUUUCUACAGGUCGGGUGGAAUCGCCAAUUUUUGAUGAUGUCUGAGUUUGGCUUCGUGUACGAUUCCUCGAUCGUCGCACCAUUUUCCGAUCUACCCUUUUGGCCCUACACGCUUGACUACAGGCCUCCGCAUCCGUGUAUGCGCGCAGGGCAACUCUGUCCCACCCGGUCUUAUCCGAACAUCUGGGAACUACCUUUAAAUCAACUUUUGGCAAAUGAUUACACCUGCAGCACCGUGGAUUCAUGCCCCCCUAACUUAUCUGGCGAGGACGUUUAUAAGAUGCUCAUGCUGAACUUUAAAAGACAUUAUCUUACCAAUCGCGCACCCUUCGGCUUACACUUUCACACAUCGUGGUUUCAAAAUCCAAUGUAUUUUUACGCAUUCAAUAAAUUUGUCGAUGAUCUACUUCGGCUGGACGACGUAUUUUUCGUCACGAGUCAUCAAAUUGUACAAUGGAUGCGCAGACCAACGCCCACGAGCGAGAUUGAAAAGUUUGCACCGUGGCAAUGCGCGAAACGACAUUUUGAACCGUAUGAGAUGGCCUGUGACUUGCCAAAUAGUUGCAAAUUACCCAGUAAAGUGCUCAAAUCAUAUAGGUAUUUACACACAUGUUUCGAAUGUCCUAAACAAUAUCCAUGGCUGAGAAACGAAUUCGGGAUCGAAUGAAAAUGAUUAUAGAAG